AAUUUGUUGAUAUCCUGCUUGGUAGUAUUCAUUUUAGACUUUGGUAUUUCAAAGCCAAAUUUACCCCCAGCAUAGGGGUUUGGUUUGCCCUGGGAAGCACAGUUAACUAGAAGAUUAUCUAUAUGAAGGGCUGAUGGAAGACACAAGGGAUUUGGCGGAACGAACUGCACGUUCAGAGCGUAAGCGGAGAGACUCGUUCGGGAUGUUUGAUGGUUACGACAGCUGCAGCGAGGAGUCGACCAGCAGCUCCAGCUCAGAGGACAGUGAGGAUGAGGUGGUGCCCUCCAUCCCUGCCAGCCUGCCCAUCAUCAAGAACAAUGGACAGGUCUACACUUAUCCCGAUGGCAAGGCUGGGAUGGCCACCUGUGAGAUGUGUGGAAUGGUCGGAGUACGAGAUGCUUUUUACUCAAAAACCAAGCGCUUUUGCAGUGUGUCCUGUUCUAGGAGUUAUUCCUCAAAUUCCAAAAAAGCUAGCAUCUUGGCAAGACUCCAGGGCAAACCACCGACAAAAAAGGCAAAAGUCUUACAGAAACAGCCCCUCAUGGCAAAGUUGGCUGCUUACGCCCAGUACCAAGCAAGUCAGCAGAACCAGGCCAAAUCAAAAGCUGUGGUCCCUGCAGAGAGCUUUGACUGGGGUCGGUAUAUCUGUAGCAAUAACACAACUGGAGCUCCAGUCAGCUGUUUCAAGCAUGCCCCUAUGGGGAAAUGUUGGGGGGACAUAGAAGAAGGAGUGAGAAUCGAAGUGAUCAACUCCGAUACUAACCUCUCCACUAAGGUGUACUGGAUAGCAGAAAUCAUUAAGCUAGCAGGGUUCAAGGCUCUCUUACGGUACGAGGGCUUCGACAACGACAGCAGUAAGGACUUCUGGCGUAAUCUCUGCAUCCCUGAAGUGCACCCAGUGGGAUGGUGCGCUUCAAGUGGCAAACCCCUUGUACCUCCAAAAAGCAUUCAUCACAAAUACUCUAACUGGAAAGCCUUUCUUGUGAAGCGUCUCACUGGAGCUAAAACACUGCCGCCUGACUUCAAUGCCAAGGUACAAGAAAACAUGCAGUUUCCCUUUAAGAAGCUGAUGCGGGUAGAGGUGGUGGAUAAGAACUACCUGUGCCGGACACGGGUGGCGCUGGUGGAGCAGGUAAUUGGAGGUCGCCUUAGGCUCGUCUACGAGGAGAGCCAGGACGGGUCGGAUGACUUCUGGUGCCACAUGUACAGCCCCCUCAUCCAUAAUAUAGGCUGGUCGCGCAGCAUCGGACACCGUUUCAAACGAUCUGAUGUUACAAAGAAAACUGAGGGUCAAGCUGAUGCUCCAGCACCGUUCUUCCAUAAGGUAAAAGACGUGGACCAGAGCGGGGAAUGGUUUAAAGACGGGAUGAAAUUAGAAGCCAUUGACCCUCUCAACCUCUCAGCUAUAUGUGUAGCCACUGUAAGGAAGGUGUUGGCAGACGGGUACCUCAUGAUUGGGAUCGAUGGAUCAGAAGCAGUGGAUGGAUCAGACUGGUUCUGCUACCACGGCACCUCCCCCUCAAUCUACCCUGUCGGCUUCUGUGAAAUCAACAACAUUGAACUCACACCCCCCAGAGGGUACACUAAACUGCCAUUUAAAUGGUUCGACUACCUCAGAGAAUCGGGUUCAAUAGCUGCUCCUGUCAAGCUCUUUAACAAGGAGGUUCCUAAUCACGGUUUCCGGCAAGGCAUGAAGCUGGAAGCUGUUGAUCUCAUGGAGCCACGGCUGGUGUGUGUUGCCACGGUGACAAGGAUUGUGCACCGGCUACUGAGGAUCCACUUCGAUGGUUGGGAAGAUGAGUAUGACCAAUGGGUGGACUGCGAGUCACCUGACCUCUACCCUGUGGGCUGGUGCCAGCUGACAGACUACCAGCUCCAACCCCCCGCCUCACAGAGUAACAGAGAAAUGCCACAAUCUGUACCCAAGCAGAAGAAGAAGGCCCAGCAGUACAAAGGCCAAAAGAAAAAGAGGAAGAUUCCGGUUGGUCGACGGCCCUUCAGUCAGGCAGGCAGGAGGAGGAGCAGCUUCUCGGGGGAUGAAGAGCAGAGUCCGCCCCCUUACCCUGCCCACACAACUGGCUCAUGUGUGCCGCCAUUCUCUCUCUUUUAUCUGUCUCUGCCCACGUCUGUAGAGUCUCUCUUGCGAAUGAAGGAGGAGACGGCUGAGGUGGAUGAGUUUACCUUCUCACAGGGCACCUCCGACCAGGAGAGCAACGGCUCAGGCAGCUACUACAUUAAACAGGAGCCCUGAGGUCAGGACAGAGCAGGACAAGUGGGAGAGGACACACCUCUGGAAAAAACCCCCAGCAAGGAUCAGGAACUAGCCUCCAGUCACACUCAGACCAACGCCACGGGCCUUCUAUGGAGUCAGUACAGGAGAUGUCGAUGACGAGGAAAAAGGGAGUCGGUUUAAAGCUUCUGAACGAUCCUGAAGGGAAGGUGAACACAUUUCUAACCUUGUAGCUGUGUGCACAAAACCUGGGUUCCAUAAAAGGGCAUUCCCCUUCAUACCAGCUACGGAUGACGUCAUCAUCUCCCGUCUGAGACGUCCAAUCAGACAAGAUAUUUGAACGGAUAUACAACAACCCUUUUUCCACAGAAAUGGGAGUCCUGCAAGUCGACACCAGCCCACCCUGCCUCUGCCUCGACGUGGGCCGCACACAGAGACCUGUACAAACUGUGACAACCAUUUAUUGAGCCAGGUCUAGUUUUUUUUUUUUUUGUUUUUGUUUUUGUUUUCAGGUCAGAGAGUCAGCCACUGAACGGCCUGAGAAGAGAAGAAGAGGGCUGGCAGUGAAAGGAACAGAGUUGUGUAUAUUUUGAUUUAAUUUCUUCCGAACAAUAUUGCCAGGUGGACUUAUAUUUUGUUAAUAGUACUUGAAGUUUUUUUUUUUUUUUUUUUUUUUUUUUUUUUUGUAAUGAUUUUGGAGUUGUUUUUGUCUUAAUGUACCUAUUUUGCAUUUACAUUUUUGGUGGCUGUGUGGCAAACUUAAUGUGCAUCGUUUCAUAAAUAUAAUUAUAUUCAUAUAGAAUGUGGAGACCUAUUCAAACAGAACUACAGAGUAUAGAUAUAAAGGAUUGUGAUUUGAAGAGAGAUCUUAGUACAGUGCUGCUCAGCAUUACUGAUUUUGGUCUUUUCUUUUUUUUUUUUUGAUUUUGUUCCCUCUAAUAUUGCCCAGAAGAUUUCCACAGCUGCAGUCAUUUCUGAUUCAACCAUUACACGACCAAGAUGUCUUCAAGUUCAACAAUAUCAUUCAUAUUAGUGGUUCUUCAGCUCCAUCAGGUCGCCAAAAUAGAUGCUGUAAAUCCUCUAGGGCUGCAUUAAAAAAAAAAAUUAAUACUUAAUAUAACAGCAUUGUUAUA